AUUUUGAGUAUGUGACUCAAGAGUUGUACCCCAGUGUUGACUCGUGACCGUAGUUACAUGUGUGAACCCUAAAUUUGAACAAAUCCUUCAGUGAGUUUAAGAGAGUCCCACCCCAUUUUUCGCAAUCACAUUAGAAGAUUAUUGCGUCUAAUUUUCCUGGAACUUCUCAAUCGGUAACUUCUCAUGGGAAAAAAACAAAAAAAUUCUACUCCCCAAAAGGUUAUUGAUGAGCAACCGGAUCCGGAUAGAAUAAGUUGCUUACCAGGUCAUGUAAUAGAUCAGAUUCUGACUUACUUGCAAAUUAGGGAUGCAGUGAGAACAAGUGUUUUAUCUAGAAAAUGGAGGAACAAAUGGAACACACUUCCAAAUCUUGUGUUUGAUAGAAAUUGUGUUGCAGCCAUUGAUGACCAGUUAGUUAUUGAGAGGAAGUUAUUGAAAAUUGUUGAUCAUGUACUUUUACUUCAUUCUGGGCCAAUCAACAUGUUCAAGUUCUAUGAUGAACAUCUCAUUGGUGAGAGUUUUCUGAGUGAUAUUGAUCGGUGGAUUCUUCAUCUAACUAGAAGCUCUAUUAAAGAGCUUGUGCUGAAAUUUUGGAUAGCGGGAUACUACAAGAUACCUUGGUGCUUAUUCUCUUGUCAAAGUUUACAUCAUUUGAAAUUACAUUGGUGUUGUCUUAAACCUCCAACGACGUUUGAAGGCUUUAAGAGGUUGAAGAGUCUUGAUCUGAAUCUAGUAACAGUGGCUCAAGAUGCUUUUGAAAACUUGAUCUCUGGCUGCCCUCUGCUUGAAAAAUUGAAAUUGAUAGAAGUUGAUGGUUUCACCCAAAUUAAUAUUCGUGCACCAAAUCUCAAGUUUUUGGAAAUUGAUGGCGAAUAUGAGGGUAUUAACUUCGACAACACUUUUCAAUUAGCUGUGGUAGUCAUUGAUUUAUGGUGGGAUUUUAACUUACAAAGCAGCAAUCAAGGUGGAUCGCGUGAAAGCAGCAAUAUGCUAAAGAUUUUCGAUCAUCUACCUCACAUACAAAGCCUAGUGAUUGAAAGCAAUUUUUUAAAGUAUUUGGCUGCAGGUGUUUUGCCAGUAAAGCUUCCUACACCUUGUAUUUAUCUAAGCUAUCUUUCCUUAUGCAUAAACUUCGACAACCUAAAGGAAAUUUCGGCUGCUCUUUGCUUGCUCAGAAGCUCACCUAAUCUUCGAAAAUUAGAAAUAUUUUCAUGGAAUGAGGCGCGUGCUUCCCCUUUCACACCUGCCGCCUAUUGUUGGGAAGAUAUAUUUUCGGCACCAGCCAUGCCCAUUCAAGUGCGACAUGUGGCGAUUGAUGGCAUCUUUGGUACCAAUUUGGAAUUAGAUUUUAUCAAAUUUCUACUUCUAUAUUCUCCCAUGCUAGAAAAGAUGACUCUGAAGCCUGUUGAAAGCUUCACACCGGAGCUGGUGAGAGGACUAAUUCGGUUCAAAAGAGCGUCAGGAGAAGCUGAAGUUAUUUGGGAAGACUCUUCUCUUCAUAAUGAUUAUCUUGUGAUAGAUAAUUGAUGCCAAUUGUUCUUGGUCUUUAAAAUAGAUUGUGUAAGACUUUUUACACUUUUUACGAUGGAAGUUAUUGGGCAGUUAUGUUUGUAUUAUGUGUCAGUUAUGCAUGGAUUUGUGUUUCUGAUUAGUAGGGAAUCAAAGUGUAUACGGUUAACACUUGAAGGAUUUAUGUCUUUUUUUUUUUUUUUUUGAGAGGAUGAUGGAUUUAUAUAUUGUAAUUGUUGAGAUAUGGUGGAAGUAUUUUUAAUUAAUUUGUCAUAUUUGACAGUCAA